CCCCAGGUGCGGGGUUGAGGACAUCCCCGCUGGGACUGGGACGCCCCAGUGUGGGACACGGGACUCUGCACGAGGGGGGAUAAAGGCGGCAGAGAACUGUCCUGGGACGGGACGGGGUACCGAGAACCGCCCCCAGGGAGGGAAACGGGGGUCCCAGGUAGGGGAGGGGACACUGAGGCCAUCGCCACAGUCCCCACAGCGUCCUCCGAGGGCUGGGGGGUGGCGUGCGGGAUCUGUUGGGGCAGAGGGGGUGUAGGAGAGCCUUCUCCCACUCCAAUUUGGGGAGAGGUGCCCCAUAAGCAGCCUCCACCCCAUUGAUCCCACCCCCUCUGGCACCCAUGAUUUUGGGGUGUCUCUCACAGGAUACCACAGCCCCAUCCCAGCAUAGCCACAGCCACCCCAAAACAGGAAGGUGCUGUCCUCCUGUUGCGCGGGCACCCCACAAAAAGCAGAGUGCAGACCCCAGAGGUGCCACCCUCCAGCUUUAGCCACUCUGGUGGGCGGCAGUGGGGCAGCAAUGGGGCCGCUGGCGGCUGGGCUGCCCCAGCACAAAGAGGAAUGCGCCGAGCACAUGGUUCACAUUAGCCCUGCAGAUUGAUUUUUUUUUCCCCUUUAUUUUCCGCGGGGAGCAGGUGAAGGUUUGCGUGCAGGGCGAGGGCUGGCAGCGCCGGGACCCGUUUAGGUUCCGCCGGCGGGGAGGGAGGGAGCGCAGCCACUCCGGAUUCUCCUUUUUCCUCCCUUUUCUUUGAGUCAGAGGCUGAAGUCAGCAGUGUGCCCGUCCCACAGCGAUUUCCCCACUGCACAGGAUGUGGGGAUGCCCGUGAGCCGGAUUUAGGGAAGCAGAGCUGCCACGCGCUGAAUACGGAGUGCUGCAUGAGACCAGGCAACUCAUCACACAGCCCAUGUCCAGCCCCUCUGCCGUUUCUGCGAUGCUGCCCAGGAAGGCAGAGAAGAGGAUGGCUUCAUCUGUCUUCAUCACCCUGGCGUCCCCACAGAGGGAGGCAGCCCCCAGGGAGCAGCCCUGCGCAGGGGUGUCACUGGCUGUCCCCGAGGGCAGCCCUCGCCCCCCAAUGACCCCGGCGCUGCCCAACGGAGAAUCCUGCCCUCGCUCUCCAGCAGUGCCUUCAUCCCCACCAGCUCUCAUCCUCUCCGAAGCGCCCCAGCCCCUCUCCGCGGAGGCACUGGCUCCAGCUCUGCAGCAACUGGACCUUGCGGCACCCACCACGGUGCAGGCUCCUUUUGCCUUCCCUGCUGAACUGAGGCCUCUCCAAGUUUGCCAGGGACAAGCAGACAAGCUGCAAUGGCAAGGUGCAAAUGGGCACAUGGAGAGGGACAGCUCUCGAGACAUCUGCGCCUUCUGCCACAAAGCCGUGGGCCCACAGGAGCCAACGGUGGAGGCGAUGCGGAAGCAGUACCACGCUGACUGCUUCACCUGCCGGACCUGCCAGCGACGCCUGGCCGGCCAGCGCUACUAUCAGAGGGAUGGCCGCCCCACCUGCGAUGCCUGCUACCAGGCCACGCUGGAGAAAUGUGCCAAGUGCCAGGGGCUGAUCACUGAGCGCAUCGUGCGUGCCCUGGGCAAAGGCUUCCACCCCGGCUGCUUCGCCUGUGCUGCCUGCGGCCGGGCCAUCGGUGCUGAGAGCUUUGCGGUGGACGAGCAGGGCAAGGUGUACUGCGUGGCUGACUUCUACAGGAAAUUCGCCCCAGUGUGCGGUGCCUGCAAGCGCCCCAUCAUCCCUGAGGAGGACACCUACAAGAUUGAGUGCCUGGGACGUAGCUUCCACGAGAGCUGUUACCGCUGCGAGAGCUGUGGGACGCCGCUGUCGCCGGAGCCGACGGAGGAUGGGUGCUACCCGCUGGGCCACCACCUGCUCUGCAAAGCCUGCCACAUCUGCCGGCGGAACGAGUCGUCCUGCUGAAGUGCAGGCUGUGAGAAGGGCCGUGCCAUUGGGAUGGACCCACCGAGAGAGCGGGACCAGCGUGUCAUCACCAGAGGGUGCCAGGACCCCAAACCGUGCAGCUCGGCCUCUGCCAGCUGCUCAUCACAAGCAGAAAAAGCCCUGGAAGAGCAGUGGUGGUGGAUGAGCUGAGGGUUUGUUCACUUUUUUCUUUUUAAAUCCUUUUUUUGAAGUUGG